GAACAUGAAAAGGUUAAGUGACAAGCUCAGCUCUGCUACGUCAGAGGAGGAAGGGUGCGGAUCAGGGAAGUGAAAGAACAGCUGAGGAGGAGGAGGAUAAACAAGAUGGAGGAGAGGAGGCGCAGGUCUGACCAGAGGGGCGCAGAGGGACCCCCGAGGAGGAGACCCAAGAGGAAGCCCAGGAGAGAACAAGUGCCCACAGCCUGCGAGAGCGCCCCCAGUGUGAGAUUCCACCCACAUAGGUUUCUCUCUUUCCCCAGUAAUGACACCCUCCUGCCUCCAGAUGGCGCUGUGAGCUUCCAGACCCUUGUAGAGGACAUCACCUGCUCUGUGUGUCUUGAUGACCUGCAGAAUCCGGUGUCCAUCGCCUGCGGCCAUACCUUCUGCCGAAACUGCAUAACCACCCACUGGAGAACCCCCCAACCUGAGGGUUACCUGUGCCCGGAGUGCAGGACUCAGUGCCCCCGAUAUCAGAUUGCCCCCGACUACCGCCUGAUGAACCUCAUAGACAAGAUCCAAAAAGGAAUGCAAGAGAAAACCAGCGAGAAGAGUCCACGGUUUCCCGAGAAGGGUUUCCCGGUGCAGCUGGUGUGGACGGACGGCAAUGGCUGCUUACACCUGGACGAGUCGGUGGUUGAUGACUGCUUCAUGCGCAGCGAUCUGUCUGGUUAUCCCGUUUACCUGCUCUGCGUCAUCGGAGAAAAACGGCGCGGGAAGUCAUUCCUGAUGAAUUACAUCAUAAGAGCCUUGGAGAGUCAGGAGAAAGGGGAGGAGUUUAGUCUUGGAGCCGAUGACGAGCCCCUCCAAGGCUUCGAAUGGAGAUGCGGCAUCGACAGCACCACAAAGGGCAUCUGGAUCUGGAACAGACCCUUCAUCUUGGGCCAUAAAGGAGAGCAGGUCGCGGUCUACAUUUUGGACACAGAGGGGUCACUGGACAUCGAGGGCGACCGGGAAAGCUGCAUUAAGCUGUCGGCGUUGUCCAUGCUCCUCAGCUCACAUCUGGUUUUCAAUGUGGCAGGAAGCUUAAAGGAGACAGAACUGGACUACAUGGAGAUGUAUCUCCACAUGGGAGAAGAGUUCGGCCCCCAGCGACUACAGUAUCUCGAUAUUUUAAUCAGAGACUGGCAUGACUCCAGCAAUUGUGGCAGGGACGCCGCUCGAUUUUAUAUCAGUAGAGAAAUUGAGAAACUCCAGAAGGGCCGAAGUUAUCCCAAAGUUUUAUGGGGUCUGAAGAGCAGUCACACUCGCUGCUUCCUUCUCCCCCACCCAGGCAAAGGCAUCACAAGAGAGAGCUUGGGAAGACUCCAAGAUAUGGACCAGGAUUUCCAGGACAAUCUGAGGUCGUACGUGGAGGAUAUAAUGCGUGGAGUCUGGCACCGGACAAAGACCGACAUAGCUGGACAAAUGCUGACCUCCAGCCAAAUCCCCACCAUGUUACAGGUUUUUGUUGGGGAUCUGGAGCGGCAAAAAUAUGGUUUCUCAACCCCAAUGGAGAUGUUUUACGCCAUCAAAAACCAAAAGAUCCUUGAAGGCGCCAAAGAGGAGCUCCAGGAUUUCCUGAAGAAUCAGCCGUACCACCUCCUCCCGUCCACAAUGAGGACCCUGGUCUCCGAUAAGACAGCGGAACUCUCUGCAAAGUUCAAAGACUCUCUCCUGGGUCCGAACCUUUCUCACCACUCGGAGAUGCAGAAAGAGCUGGAGUCUCAUCUACUGGAGGAGCAGGAGAAGUUCUGCUCUGGUUACACCACACGUUUCACGUGCAACGCGGUCACAAUAGGAGUCACCGCGGGUCUGGGGAUCUAUGGAGUGGUCGGGGCUGCUGCGGCUCGAGGGACCGUAGUUUUGGCAACACAGCCGGUGGUGGCGGUUGCUGAGAAGACAGCUGUGGAGACGGGUUUAGCGGUAGCAACGAGCACGAUUGGAUUGCUGAAAACGGGGGCGUCUGCCAUUAUGGGGCGAUUCUUCCGCCUUUAAUUCACCACCCUGGCAAUGACUCUCUACAAUACAUCUUCAUGGGUGAAUCCCACAAUGCACCUUGCUUUGUAUGUGCUCAUAAAACAGCAUUGACCAGAUGUCUUAAACUGUGGUCCUCCCAGCAUACCCGGACAGCCAUUGAGGGGGGGGGGGGGGGGCCUCUUUGAACCCUUUUUAGCUUCCACACAUAAUUUAGGUGGGGGGCAUGUCAAAGGGCGGGCCAAUGGGUGGAGUCAAGGGGGCGGUAACAUUAGCUUGCAAAGCUACAGAGCUACAGAUCACAUGUAGGCUUCAGGCCUUAAAGGGGUACUCCUCCCCUAGACAUCUGAUCCUCUAUCAAAAGAAUGGGUGAUAAGAUGUUUUGGGGCGGAGUACCCCUUUAAGAUAUCGGGGGCUUACAUUAGAGGCUGACGAAGCAGGGAGCCAAUGGCUGUCUUCUCCAUCCCAUGAAAGCUGCUGUCACCAGGGGGAUUAUGGGUAUGUCCCCUGGAUCUCUGGGCUAACAACACCAUUGGGGGCCUCUAAGCCUGUGGUCACGUGGUCUACGACAGAGAAUGGGCAGAUCAGAUGGUGAUUGGCCCCGAAUGUCCACACAAACCUCCCAUAUCAUAAUCUACCCCUGCCUAGCUGUAUAUAAAAGAAAACGGUGGAGCCCCUCAUAGGGAGACUCUAUGGUAAGGAUAUGGGUGGGAUAAGGGAGGUGCUCACCUUGUUGCGAUGGGUGGAGACAACACCUGCAUAAGCCGUAUAGACCCACUAGGCCACUGUGGUUCCAAAAGAGGGAGCAGCAGUUUCAACAGCUCCAGCUGCCAACCCCAAUAGGUGUAGGUACAGGUAAAGUCCUGCAGUUCUAUAUUUUGUCUUUACAACGUGUUUCCAGGACAUAAUUCCCCUUCCUCAGGUAACUGACAAGACUUUCUUGUCUGUCACCUGAGGAAGGGGAAUUAUGUCCUAGAAACACGUUGUAAUGGCAAAUAAAUAAAUAAAUAAAGAGUCCAUGAGAACUUAACAUUGACAUUUGCGGAACUUUAUGCUUUGAGGGUCCCAGCAGAGAAUCGGGGGGGAAUUGUUUUUUUCUUCCUUUUACGAAUGCAGCUCUGGCUGUGAGUGGAGUAAAAGUCCCAAAUAAAACUCCAGAAAAGGGUUUACAGAAUUUUCCUGUGUAUAUAAAGGGGGAAGGGUGGAGUUUUAUUAGCUUUGGGGUAAAUUCUGUUGUUAUAGAUUAUAAAAUACAUAGGAGGUCUGAAAUACAAGGAACGUCCCCUGAUGAUUCUUACUGAGAACAUUUUGAUUUGGUGCCCCCCCCCCCCCCCCCCAUGACUUAAUGUACAAGAUCAGCAAUGACCUAAGUGAGGAUUAGUGAUAUAUCAGCCAUGACCGCCCCCCACCCACGACAUUCCCCACCCGCAGAGAAAAUAUUCCUGAAAAGGAACCUUCUGUAGCCAAAUCUCCUGGAAUGGAAUCAGGACUGAGAAACCUCCGUGUUUCCCAACCAGUGUGGCUCCAGCUGAUGCAAAACUACAACUCCCAGCAUGCCCGGACAGCCAAAGGCUGUCCGGGCAUGCUGGGAGUUGAAGUUUUGCAACAUCGGGAGCCACAAAGCUUUUAUUUGACACUAUUAAAAGGCAUCGACAAUACAAAAACGAAAAUAAAUAAAAAAAUGUAUUAAUAAUUAAUAAAAAAAAGUUUUUUUUAAAUAAAAUCCUAUCCAAUGAGAAAAAGAUAACUUGUAGAGCCACAAUUAUAUGUAAUAGACACUAUCAAGUAAAGACAGAUAUUGUUGGUUAUACAAAACUUUCUAUAAGGUAAAACAAAAACAAAAAAACGAAUUCCGACGUGUUUCACCCUACAUUAACAAGGUUCAUCAGGGGACAAGGCCGAAAGACAUCAUGAAUCCUAAAACGUAUCGUGCUGUAAGAUAGGGAACCAUGUGCAAAAAGGAAAUGGGACCACAGGUCAUAGA